GUUUACUUUUACUAUUGUAUAAUUUAUUACCUGUUAUUCAAAUUACAUUUAGAUCAAAUUGUUGUGAAUUAUCUCGAUUUCGAAAACAUUAAUGAAUAGCGGAACCAAUAUCAAACUGCAUCGCGUGUUAGCAGGGCACUAUUAAUCAGGACACAAAACAAAACUUAUAGUGCUACACUUAAAGCCGUCCGGCUGUCAAAUCAGACUGUCAUGGAAGGCAGACCGAAUAGAGGCAGAGGAGGAGGUUGGAAAAGAGGUGGCCGCGGUGGAAACGAUGGCGAUAAAUGUGGCAGUGAUCACAGAGGAAGAGGCAGAGGAGGUCACCACCGUGGCCGGGGCAGAAAAGAUUAUCAUCGCGGUCGUGGACGUGGAGGAGAUGCAAAUGCAGCGGAAUUCCAACACUGGAAUCAAGUUGAGGGUGACGCUCCUGAAGAGGCUCACAGCAUCGUUUUCUCCAGGAGGAAACUGGAGUCCAACUGGGACCGUUAUGAGGACUCGGAGAAGCAGGAAAUCCCUGACAAUAUGCCCACGAUUAGAGGAACUGACUACCAUGUCCUUUUGGGCUCCGCAGGGGAUUGCUUCACUCAAUUCCGCUUUUCUGAAGAAAAAGACUGGGAGACGGAUACAUCUUCAUCCACUCAGAUGUCUACUUUGUUUGUGGACCUCCCAGCAUUGGCUCAGGUUCUUGAACAAGUGCCUCUUCAUCAGAGGCUCAACUUGGAAGCUGAGCUAGUUCAGGUUUCAACACCAGUCAACUCGCCCACAACGACUUUGGCCUCCAAACAGGAGACGGCCAAGCUGCCCUCAUUAACACCAUCGGCCGUACCUUCAAAAGACCCGAGCACCAAGACUUUAGGCUUUGUUGCCAGCUCCGACUUGCAGGCUCCCUCGAGUGUUGUUACGGCCUCGGCGGACGAGCUGGAUGACGAGCUGGACCAGCUGCUCACUUUAGCGAAACCACUGAACCCUGUCUCAGGAGACCAGUCUGUCAACGUUGAGAGCGCUGUUGUGAUGAAAGAUUGUGACACAGUCACUGAGGUACAAACAGAAGAGAAGAUGGAGGAGCCCAAAGACAACAUUACCGCACCCCCUGAGUCCGCUUCUGUCAAGCAGGAAAUGACUGAGGAGGACUUGGAGGACUGGUUGGACAGUAUGAUCUCCUGACCAUUGCAGAGAUGUAGAUCAUGGAAAGAAAAGGAGCUACAAGCAAAAAACCUGCAGGAGUGAAAACCCCCAAAACAUGCAUGGUAACGUCUCUUUCCAAAUGUAUUCAGUGAACCGCUGAGUGAAAAUACAAAUUCCACUUUUUUUCCACAAGGUUUUGCUUUUGUCUAAAAUACUGUCGGGGCUGCGUGCAAACAAGUAGCCACUUGCCUCGCCUAGUUGCAGUGCCCUAGCUCCGGCCGUGGUUGUCAUGGUAACAAACGGCUUUUUACAUCUUGGGGGAAAGAAUGCACAAGGGGAUUGGCUCGUGAAAGUGACGAGUCAUGCUUUAUUGCCUCAAUUAACUUUAUUCAUUUCCGUCCUCUCGUUCACAUCAAUGCAAAACUACUACAUGUGUGUAUAUAAUGUAAACUUCCAUAAAACAGCAGCUGAUUUGCCCAUCAAUGGCUUUUUUUUUUUUUCUUUUGUUUUCUGUUUGGCUCUUCUACGGUGGUAACAAUUGCAGACAGGCAGAUUAAUAAAACAAAUUGAGCAACA